UCUCGCACAUCAUCUUCUUCAUUCCCCUCUUCUUCCUCAUCCUCCACAGUCCCCUCAUCCUCCACAUCUUCCACAAUCCCCUCAUCUUAUUCAACCUCCUCAUCAACCUUUGCCUCCGCCUCCUCCACUUCGUACCCCUCAUCCUCCUUAUCCUCUCCGGAGCUACGUCUGGUGCUUCUCGGGCGGGCCGGAGCAGGGAAGAGUGCAGCUGGCAACAGCAUCCUCGGAGGAGAAGAGUUCAAGUCAGACCCGGACAGCCUCACGUCCAUCACUCAGCAAUGUGAGAAAAAGAAAGCGCUUGUGGAGGGAAGAAGGGUGGCAGUGGUGGAUACCCCAGACUGGUUCACUUCAGAGCGAACUCCUGAUGAGGUGCGAGCUCAGAUCUCCUCCUGUGUUGCUUUGUCCAGUCCCGGCCCCCACGCCUUCCUCCUGUGCGUCCCCUUGGACCAGCCCGCAAAGACCGAGCUCCAGGCCCUCAGGGCCCUCGAAGUUGUUUUUGGCCCGGAUGCGAUCCAGAAGCACACUCUCGUCCUUUUCACGUACGCUGAUCGACUGAGGGAGAGUGGGAAGGCAGGAAACGACAGCGUGGAGGCAUAUAUUGCCGGUCAGCGGGGGGAUUUGUUAAACCUUGUGGAGAAAUGUCGUGACAGGUUUCAUGUGCUAGAGAGCAAAGGAGGUCGGGGGGAGAGGAGGAACGUGGCGGAGCUGUUAGAUAAGGUGGAGCAGACGGUGAAGGAGGCCGGAGAAAAGUGUUACUCCUGUCCUGCUUUUCAGGAGGCUGAGAACCGAGUGAGACAGAGACAGGUAGAGAUAGCGAGAGAGAAAAAAAGCAAGAGUCUGGAGCAGGAAAAAUCAAGCGAGGUUGCACAGCUGAACUCUGAGAGGCGGGUACUCUAUCCCUACAUGCAGCCUGUGGCCGAGGCAGAAGAGGAAGUGAGAGAAGAUGAGAUUGAGAAAACAAGGCAUGAGGCAGAGAUGAGUGUAAGCACCAUGGACAUCGAGAGCCUUCCUCCUAUUACGCUUUCGAGCUUGUCCCCUUCACUCCUUCGUUCCAUUAUGGAGAAAAUGGAGUCUAGUGCAAAAAUGUUACCCAAGCUGUUGUCAAACGGCUCCACGUGGGCUGGUGAGGGGGCAAAGAAGGUGAAAAGUAGCCCAGUGUGGGGGACAGUUGGCAGCGGAGCACAAAAUGUCCAGAAGAUGGUGGUUGAUAGUUCAGUUUGGGGAAAGAUGGGAGCUGGUGCCAAACAAGCAUCCAAACUAGUAGGAGACAGAGUUCCCAAGGUGGUGGUGGAUGGUUCUUCUUGGGUGGGAUCUGGAGCAAAAGCAGCAACAGCAAGUCCCAUGUGGGGGAAAGUUGGUUCAGGGGCCAAACUAGUGGCGGACAGAUCCAUGCGUGUAGGGGCUGGGAUCGGAACUGGGGCCAAGAGUUUGGCACAGAGUCCUGUGUGGGGAAAAGUAGGAUCCGGGGCCAAGAGCGGAGCUAAACUUAUGGCUGACGGUUCUUUGCGAGUGGGAGCUGGAAUUGGUGCCGGUGCAAAGACGGUGGCGCAGAGUCCGGCUUGGGGGAAGAUGGGCUCGGGGGCCAAAGCAGGGGCCAAAAUGGUUGCUGAGAGCCCAAUGUGGAAGAAAAUCGGGACGACUGCUAAACAGGUGCCCAAGGUUGUUAUCGCAGGCGCACUGCUGGGUCUCCUGCUGGGCGUGUUUUUGGGGGGUGUCCUCGGCGGAGCUAUCGGUGCAGCUGCUGGAUCAGCGGUAACUGAAGUGGGCAGACGGAAGCUCAGCAACAAAACCAGGUUAGAAAAGACGAACGAAGCCGCAAAAUCUGUUGAGAGAAAAGUGAACGACAGCGUGAACUCACUGGCAAAACAAGGAGAGAAAGUUCUGAAAACUGAAUGAACGACUGAAGGAAGUGUGUUUAUAAAGGGCUUAAAAUAUAUUAAGACAUUGAUUUGUUUUUGAUUUAGUUCCAUCAGAAUUUAAUUCAAAAUAUUUUUUUUAUUUCUUCACAGACUUAAUAUAAAGGGUUUUUGAAAAUGCUAGAGACAAGAUAUUUUAUAAACAAUCGACUUGAUAGUUUUCAACUAUUUAUCUUGUUCAAGAAGUUGGGUGUUUGUGACUUUUUAAAAAUGUUGAAUAUUACCCACAGUAAUUGAUGUUGAUAUUUGUCAUCCAAGCAACUUGUAAAAAAUGUCUACAUUUGGACUCAGUAACUAAAGGUUGUUGGGGGACAUUAUAAAAGUAUGUAGGUACUUGUUUAAUAUACAGUCUGCAGUCAGCGUCUCU